ACAAAGCUGGAUUGAGAAAACAAUAGCAGUCGUUGCUGUUGUGGUGGUUGUCUUAGCAGCUAAGGCAGAACCCUGAAGUCAAGGUCCCUACAUAUUUAAUUGCUAUGGCAAGACUAGGUUUGGAUGGGGCAAUCCCAUGUGCUGCGUUGGACUGUUGUACCCAGGACGUUGCUAGCCUCCUCGGUUUAAUCUCUUUAUAAAUACUGGUCAACAGAGCCAUAUGAAAGAGCAUUGGUCUUCUACAUUCAUCAUCUGAUUGAGCAGGCAACAACAAUAGCUCACUCUGCCUUGGGAGGUUUCUUUCAAAGCAACCUGUUCCAUGCAACCACUGCCAGGUCUUGUACUGACCGACCACUGCGCAUUUCUCAAGAUCACCUCUAUAACUGUACAUACACACCCUGGGCAAUUCUGCAUCCAAACGAGGAGUCUAUGUCAAGCCAUUAAAAAAUAUUGCCUCCGCUAAUGUGUCUUCAUUGGGGGCAGACGACACACGGUCUGCAGAAAUGCCUUUGCUCUAGACCCAAGCUCGAUGGGAGAAGUGGCUUGUGAACAGUCUUAAGCAGUUCGCCAUUGAGGCGGGUUGCCAUGUGACUCGAGGUCGAUGUAGCGUAGCAGACGAUCGCACAAAUGAGCGGGCAUUGACACAUUCCGGAACAUCAAAGCAGGGAGAGUAUUGGAUCAUUGCCUCGCAGCUCCGUGGCUCUCCAGUGUCUCACAACUCACCAAGCGUCUAGAAGGGUUGAGUGCAUCAUGGCAGCUAGCUAAAGCCGAGGUGCGUCAGGAACGACAUCAUCAGCUGCAAGAGAAAUUGGCCCUUCAGCAUCACCUUCUACAUCUCCAAGAUGAACUCAGCAAACAACGACGCAGUCGAGAAGAACAGCAUCUACACCAGGGAAGGGGAGGACUCGAAUAUCACCAAGCAAAAAGAAAAUGACCGCAGCAAGAAGCAAGCGAAAGAGGCAGCUUUACUGGAAAUCUGCAAGCAGUCGUUAGCUGAUGACAGGAAGGCUGCAGCGAAACAGAGGCGCACACCACGAGAGAGCAGGACAGAUGACGGUUGCCACACACCACCGUCAGAGCAGCGGGGCCGCCACCGAUCUCAUGUGUCAAGGUCGCCAACGUUGUCCAAAUCGCCCAUGCGAGAGAUGGAAGCAGAGUAUGAUGCAGAUGUUGAUCUGAGCCAAUCAGCAACAAGCUCGGACCUGGACUCAAUGCCAUGGCAUCAUCAACAGCUGUAUCGUCUGUAUGGUGAAGAAGCAGACUACUUCAUCCAUCCAAAAAUUGAGCCCAAGCCUGUUGUCGUCGUGUCACCGAAGCUGAAGAGACAUGAAGGUCACGUGGGAGCAGAGACGUUGUGGACAACGUUGAGAGGGGAAUCAGAGUCCAAACUCCUCAAAGAAGAUGGAAGAUUCCCUCAUGACUUGAAGGAUGCGUACAGUGCCUUUGUGCGGGAGUCACUCACCCUGGGUCGACAGCCAGUAACUCGGAACUACACAGCCACAGAUGAUGUGCCGGACAUGAAGAAGUUGCUUGACCAGAAACUGCUGUACAACAUACGCAAGUACCGCCACAAGACUGGCAUCAUGUACCGGUCCUCCCAGGCCAACAACGACCGCACCAACAUCCUCCUCUUCAACAACCCACUCCCAGACAUCACCGACGGGGACAAGGACAACAUCGCCAGAUACAUGCCGUCUUGGGUGGAGAAUAUGUCAGAUACAUCGGAACCAGAGUAUGUGAAAUGGUUGACAAGCAGAACCCAGAGGAUGCUAGUAGAUGACACCUCCGACACAAGCCUCCAUCUCACAGCAGAUGAAAAGGAGCAUGACACAUUCCCCGCCCCAGCAGACACCAUCCUGCCACCACCCAGACAGACGGCCAGAGACAAGUUCAAGCUGCAGUUCCUCACUGAGAAGGAAACUGAGGUCCCUGGGGAGUUCGCACGGAAGUUCCGUGAGCAGAGAGAACGGAAGGACCUGCCAACUGCUCACAGCCGCAUGCCAUCCGUCAAAGCUCAGUCCAGCUUGGGUUUCAUGGAGUCUCGGUUGUCGGAUCCUGAGGAGAGAGGAUCUGCCCGGGGGCUACAGAGGUCUACAACUGAUACAUCUAAACUGGACAUGAUUCGUCGCUUCACGUCGGACUGGCAGCCGCUCAGCAUGACUGCACUGGUGGAGUAUAAACAACAAGUGGCCACCGAGGGAGAUGGCGACUUUCAACAUGGACGCAUGAAGAUGUGGCCAGUCGUCAUGUCAUCCUAAUCAAUGGACGCAUGGGACUGUAAUGGUCACUACACAUAUAAACGCAACUUGACAACUUGACAUUGUUAAAAUAUUAGCUUAUGUAAUACUGUAUUCAACAAAGUAUUAUCCCAGUAUUAUAUUUCUACUUUUGCAUAUAAUGUAAACAAGUGUUAGUAAUUUUAUGCUUAUAUCCAGCCAUAUGUUCAAGCCAUUCCUUAACUUGUUCAAUACUUUGUUGCUAAAUGUUCUUUACGGUAGGUUGGAAAAUAUUUUCUUCAUUACUCGUGAUUUGAAGCAAAGUUUUUCAACAGAUUUUAAUUGUAGUAUAAUUCAUUUAUAUUGACAGAGGCAGUAAAUGGGGGAAUGUUUUUAUUACACAUAUUACUUCUUUCUUGUUGGCAGAAUUUAAACGCUGCUUUUCAUUUAAUGGAAUUUUUUCACAUUUCAAUUUUUUGGAGUCGACAGAUUCAUAAGCCAUGUUUGUAGACAAAAGUCUGACCUACAUAUUCCUAUUAUGUAUGUUGAGUAUAUUAUGUAUGAGCCACAACAACAGUUUGUAGAGACGCUAAGCUGCAGUGUAGCCAGUGAGAGUUGAGGCAAGGAAACGACCACAGAUGUUCACAGAGAUGCCAAGCCAAAUUGGAGGCAGUUAGGAAUAUUGGGGCUAGUUGGGGUCUAAAUUAGUAAUUUAUCAAGUAAAAAAAGUAAUAAUUGUUAGCUUGAUUGACAGUUUGAUGUUGAUAAAAACAAAUCAUCAUUUUCAUUGUAUUUUAUCCUCCAAACUCCAAAUCGGAAAACAUUAGCAUCACAAGCUAAAACAAGUGAACAUUAAUUGCUUGUGUGUGAGUGCCUGAGGUCAGGAACUGACCUGAAUUAGUGGGGAUGUUUGGUUUCUGAUUCUGCCUCAAUAAUGGUUGGCAUCUCAGUAUGCAGGAGUUUCUUUAACCCCAGUGAGCUUUAAAGUUGCAUGUUUUGUCCUAUUGAGUAAAAACUUUCACAGGAAGAGUAGAAUAUUUUUCUUUGAUUACAUGAAUAUUUAUGCUUAUUUGUUAUCAAGCUUUCUUGCUAACCAUCUGAAAUAUGCCAUUCCAGUUUAUGCCAUGUUAGCUUUACAAAUACUUAAGGGUUUAAUGCUUGCAAACUCAGUAUAGUAUAUGGUAACAUUGUAAGAGGUAUGUCUUGUUUUCAAGGACAUGACUUCCCUGUUUAUGAAGCAGGGAGAAUUGUUGAUUGAGGGGAAGUAACUCUUUCCUUCAAUUCAAAGGUCGUCCAGGUGUUCCUGCUUUUUAAUACCAACAAUAGCAACCAUAUUUCUGACAAAUAUGAUUUAUGUCCUGGAAGUUAUUUUGAUUUAAUUACAGAAUCAUUACAUUUUUAAUGUUUGUUGCCCAUGGCAAGCACAUUAGGUCAUUUAUUAUAGGGGUGUCCGAGGGUUUUGAGGACCUAUUGUACUGAAAAUAAUUACCCUCCUGUAAUAUUUGUCAUUUGUAUGACCAUUUCCGAAAAUACAAAAUGCAAAACCACUUCAUAUUUGAUUUGGAAAUGUCCUUUUUUUUCAUGACCUCCCCAAAUGUGCAUUUUUAUUACGACUCUCCCUUCCCUUCCCUUCCCACCCACCCACCCACCCACCCACCCCAAUAACAAAUGACUGAUCCCUUAGGUAGUUUUUUCUUCUCUUACAAUCUUAAUUAUCUCAGUUGUUUGAUAAUGUAACAGAUGAAGAAUAUGGUUUAAAUGUGCGUUUCUUGGAACUGCCAGAGCCUAACCUCCCUUUAAUGAUACAUAUAAUACAGGAUUUAUGAGAUAUUUAUAAAAAAAUUCAAUCAAGAUCAUCUUCCAAGUAAUAUUUACAAAAGUGCCUCAGAAAAAAACUCCUCCUUUAACUGGUACAGGCUUUACUGAGUAUUCAAUAACUUCUAAUGACCCUUUGAAAACAGCGACAGUUUUGGACACCCAGUUGUACCCAUGUUGUCUUCCUGAACAUGUCACAGAUUUAGAGGUUUGUCCCUGAAACCACCAACCUGCACGCACACACCAGCCCGACCUGCACACACACACCAGCCCGACCUGCACGCACACACCAGCCCGACCUGCACGCACACACCAGCCCGACCUGCACGCACACACCAGCCCGACCUGCACGCGCACACACCAGCCCGACCUGCACGCGCACACACCAGCCCGACCUGCAAGCGCACACACCAGCCCGACCUGCACGCACACACCAGCCCGACCUGCACGCACACACCAGCCCGACCUGCACGCACACACCAGCCCGACCUGCACGCACACACCAGCCCGACCUGCACGCACACACCAGCCCGACCUCCACGCACACACCAGCCCGACCUCCACGCACACACCAGCCCGACCUGCACGCACACACCAGCCCGACCUGCACGCACACACCAGCCCGACCUGCACGCACACACCAGCCCGACCUGCACGCACACACCAGCCCGACCUGCACGCACACACCAGCCCGACCUGCACGCACACACCAGCCCGACCUCCACGCACACACCAGCCAGACCUGCACGCACACACCAGCCCGACCUGCACGCACACACCAGCCCGACCUGCACGCACACACCAGCCCGACCUCCACGCACACACCAAACCGACCUGCACGCACACACCAAACCGACCUGCACGCACACACCAAACCGACCUGCACGCACACACCAGCCCGUGUCACUGUAGGAGUAGCCAACACACGAAGGAGUGCAGAGCAAAUACCCCCGUGUGGAGAAGAUGGAUUUUGCAGAUCAGGCAUUUUCUUUUGUUGUAAACCAAUUUUUGAAUGUGUUACAUUUUGUUCCCAAGGCAUGUAAAAGCUGCAUAGAAAUCAGCACUAAUUUUAACCAAACUGUAAACUUUGGGUGUUUUGAAAAGUAGAAAAUUCUUAUUUGUAGAUCACACCAGAAUCCAGAAAUCUCAUGUGGGCUCAGGGUUCCGUACUCAUGGAUAAAAAAAAAUCCACUCAUGUCAUCCUCCUGCUGUGAAAUAUAUCCAUCAACAUUGUAGCCCUUACUCCAUCUGGCAUCAUAUUUGUGACCCCGACUAUAUGAGGAAACAGAAUUAGAACAUGACGUACAUGGAUAAUACUUAGAUAUGCAUUUGCAAUUAUUUAUUCAGCACCAAUAGCAACUUGUAUUACAAUAAUUGUAUUAGUGUUUAGAUUUUAUCAUGGUUGUUACAGUGUUGUUCAUCUGCAUACAUGAUCUAUUUGUUAUUGUACUUGCUUUGAACUGAAAAGCUUCCUGUGAUAUUUGAAAUCUAUUUAAUAUUUUAUAGAAAGAUUAUCUUACCAUGCCAAAGAUUUGUUCAUCAAGAGUUGUCCCCCUUUCCAAUGGAAAUAACCACACACGUUUAAAUAAAAAUUGGACCAUCUUUUGUUCCCAAUUCCAUUUAAUAAAUUUAUCCAUUUAGAAGGUACUUAAAAGACAUAAUAUUUGAUGUAAUUAUGUCUUGUGUGCACCUCCCAUGCAUUUGGGUGAAUGGUUUUGAAUUUUGAAAGAAAAUCAAGUUUGUAAGAAUUACUAAAACAAUGUCCAUAUUGAUUCACUGUCAAACUUCUUUUGGAGGUGCAUACAGAGUGAAAAUAAUGUAUCGGUUUAGUUUUUAUGAGAAUUCCUCCGUCCAGUCUUCGAGGCAGGCAGGCAGCGCCCCGCCCGGUAUACUGAUGUCUGGUGCUAGACACGGCACCCGGCACCACAUGUGUACAACACUUCGCACUUGUUAUCAGCACUGGUUGAUGGGCAAUAAAGAUGUACAACUCA